UUGGCCACAGCAGAAGCCCCAGACCUGGCUGCCCUGAGUGGAUCCCCAGUAUCUGCUCCUCACAGAUGAGAGUCCCCGUGCAGGGACAUGAGGAUGGCAGACAGGCACCGAUCCCUCAGGGCCCCACUUCUGCUGCUGGGGCUGUGGGCAUUGCUGGGUCCAGUCCAGGCCUUCCCCGACCACCCCUCAUGGCGCUAUGUUUCUGCCGAGGUGGUGAUACCCAGGAGGCACACACACUCUGGCAAAGGCCUUCAGGUGGCUGGCCGGCUCUCCUACAGCCUGCGCUUCGGGGGCCAGAGGCACAUCAUCCAUCUACAGAGAAACACACGGUUUCAGCCCAAAAACCUGCCAGUGAUAACCCAGAAUGACCAAGGCGCCUUGCAGAUGGAGCACCCCUACAUCCCUCUGGACUGCAGCUACAUCGGCUACGUGGAGGAAGUUCCUUACUCCAUGGCCAACAUUGACACGUGCUAUGGAGGCCUGGAAGGGAUCAUGAAGCUGGAUGACCUGACCUAUGAAAUCAAGCCCCUCCAGGAUUCCCUCAUUUUCGAGCACAUAGUGUCUCAGAUAGUGGCGGAUGUCAAUGAAACACAGCCUCGACGUCGACCUGCAGACAAGAGGCCCUCACCAUUGGAUGGGGCUAAGGGCGCCCCGGAAACCCGGAUCCCUAGUAAGGUGUAUGUAUACCAUCCUGUCAUACUAAAAGGCUUUAUUCAAAGUCCCAAUGAAGUAUACCUGAAAUUUGGCAGCAACAGAACAAAUACUAUCAAAUUCAUGCUGAGAUUUGGGGGUGCAGUUAAGGCAAUUGUUGAAAAUAUAUCUAUUAUAUUCAUUGUAAAUGGAUUGAGCAUAUAUGAUACGGGCGAUCCACUCCAGAUUAAUGACUUCAGAGUGCCAGACGGUACUGUGUUUCAGCACUACCAACGUACAUUCUAUCUGAGCAUGAGACCCAAUAUAGCCUUCUUAAUACUUCUACAGGGACCUUAUGAAUUAGACGUUGCUCCACCGUAUUACGGAGUAUGCAAUGACAAACACUUGAUCUUUCUUGGUCUAAGGGGGAGACAUUACUUCUUGGGAGCUGUCAUAGGAGCACACCAGCUUGGGAGAGCUUUUGGGUUAUUUUAUGAUGAGGCCUUUUGCCAGUGCCAGAGAAGGGCCACGUGUGUGAUGUUCAAGCAUCCUGUGCUAACAGAUGCAUUCAGCAAUUGUUCCUAUGUGCACCUGGCACACAUCAUCGGAGGACUAACACUCUGGUGUCUAUAUUUCACAAGUUUUACAUACUAUAAUGAAACUGAGACAAAGUUUUUCUGUGGGAACAGAAUAGUGGAUGAAGGGGAACUGUGCGAUUGUGGAACCUUCAAGCAGUGCUAUACCAACCCGUGUUGUCAAACUACCUGUAUGUUUACUGCCGGGAGCAUUUGCGACGGGCAAGACUGCUGCACAAACUGCACCUACUCACCUUCAGGGACGCUCUGCAGACCCAUCAGGAAUAUAUGCGACCUGCCAGAGUACUGCACAGGAAGCCAAUUGACCUGUCCAGAAAACCUAUAUAUGCAAGAUGGGACCCCAUGCACUGAAGAAGGCUACUGUUAUCAGGGAAACUGUUCUGACCUCACCAUACAUUGCAGAGAGAUCUUUGGGGAAAAAGCUAUGAAGGGUGAGUUAGACUGCUAUCAGAUAAAUUUAAAAGGCAACAGAUUUGGACACUGUCGCAGGAGGGCUUCACAGAAAAGUCACAUAGCUUGUGCGACAACUGACGUUGGAUGUGGAAGGCUGCAGUGCAGCAACGUCACCCACCUUCCCCGGUUGCAGGAGCAUGUUUCUUUCCAUCAGUCUAAGUUUGGAAACUCUUGGUGUUUCGGGGUGGAUGAACACCGUGAGACACAAACUCUUGAUGUUGGCUUUGUGCGAGACGGUGCGCUCUGUGCUCCUGGAAAAUACUGCUUAAACACUUACUGCAGUGGCUCUGUGCCAUCAAUUUCUUAUGACUGUGAACCCCAGAAGUGCAAUUUUAGGGGAAUUUGCAACAACAAAAAGGAGUGUCAUUGCCAUAUAGGUUGGGAUCCCCACUGUGCAAAAAAAGGUGCGGGUGGGAGUGAGAGCAGUGGGCCACCUCCACAUUUAAUGCGGACUGUCUCCCAGAGCAUCGAGCCAGUGCGUCUUCUGAGAAUUAUAUUUGGUCGCAUUUAUGCAUUCAUAGCAGUGCUGCUUUUGGGGGUGGCCACAAAUGUGCGCAGUAUCAAGACUAUCACUGUUCCGGAAGGGCCAGCUCCUGAGGCUCCUCCACCAACUUAGAGAAAGUCAGCCCUCCAGUCCCUCAGCAUCACAG